GAAAUUGUAUCUAUCUGUAAUAUUAUGUACUUUAAAUUGUCUUUUAAUAUGUAUGUGUAAAAUUACCCAACUGUUUAAGUCGUGCAUUCAAAAGCUAAUUAUGUUUACUAAAAUUAUACCUGGCGAACCCUCGGCAACAUUUCUAAACGAUCAACAUUAAGGAUUUGUUAUAGCUUAGAUUUACUAUUAAUCUUUUUUUAUUAUUUGUUUGUGGAAGAAAUGAAGGGAUUUGUAAUGUAACAGGUUUGAAAGGACCCAUUUCUUGAACAAGUACCAGGUACAGUAGCUGAGAUGGAAGACACGCGAGAAGGUGAGAUAAAGAAACAAGAAGAUGUUGCGGACGAGAAAUAUGGAUGUUUGGCUUUCAAACCAAGUUGUCUCCAGUGCAUGAACAAUAUCCGAUGUCACGUGAUUUGGCAGUGCGUCUUCAAUUUUUUCGAAGGAUUUAUUGUGAAUGGUGUGAUUAACGUUGUGCUCGUCGCGCUCGAGAAACGUUACUCCCUGCCAAGCUCUAAAUCUGGCUUAAUAGCAAGCAGCAAUGAUUUCGGGUCAAUUAUUUGUUCUGUGUUGGUUGGAUAUUUCGGUGAGCAGCGUCACAAACCCAGACUGAUAGGUACAGGUGUACUCAUCAUGGCAGCUGGUUGUCUCGUCUUCUCAUUACCACAUUUCAUUGGGAACAACUAUCACUACACGUUGUCUACAGAGAACGCCACAGAGAACACGUGCAAAAUAGGGAGCAAUACAACAGGUAGCUGCGGCUCCUUGGGUGUGGACUAUGUGCCGGAGAGCUAUACAAUGUCAUACGCUCUACUGAUGAUUGGCAACAUUCUGCUGGGUAUAGGAGCGUCGCCAAUGUUUACUAUUGGUCUUUCAUAUAUAGAUGAAAAUUGCAAGGCUAAACUGACUGCUUUCUACAUAAGUUGGACAUUUUGUGCCGCAGCGGUCGGUGUUGCCAUUGGUUACGUUGUUGGAGGUCAAACUUUAAGUCUUUUCGUUGAUAUCAAUAAAGUGGAUCCAGCAAGUGUUCCUCUAACCCCUAUGGACCCACAGUGGGUUGGAGCAUGGUGGAUAGCUCCACUUAUAGCUCUGCUAGGCUUCCUGGUCGUGGUGAUGCCGUUAUACGGAUACCCACGGAGACUCCCGAGUUAUACAGAGGUACAAAUACAACGUGCAGUGGAAGCUCAUGGUGGCGGAGACGAAAUAACAGCUCAGGCGAACUUUGGAAAAAGUUGGAAAGACUUUCCGAGAUCUGUAUGGUUGCUGGUUACAAAUCCGACGUACGUGUUUAUAUGUUGCGGUGCAGCAGUGGAGGCCCUGAUCAUAGGGGGGAUGGCAACAUUUGGCGCCAAACUGAUACAAGAAAAGUUUAAUGUUGACAUUACGUGGGCAGGCACAGUCAUGGGCAUAAUAACUAUUCCUGGGUCAGGAGGUGGGAUGUUGCUAGGAGGAUAUCUUGUGAAAAAGUUCCAACUCAAGUGCCGUGGAAUCAUUCGGAUGUGUGCAGGAUUUAUGCUCGCAGCAUUCUGUUUUGGUCCGUUCUUACUGGCGCACUGUUCCAGUGACCCGUUUGCGGGUUUGGACCAUGCAUACAUAGUAGAGAAGUCAGCGUCUGGACUGGUAUCGAGUUGCAAUCUGGACUGUGGUUGUUCAACAGAAGGUUUUGAACCAGUCUGUGUACAGGAUGUAGUAUAUUUUUCACCUUGUCAUGCUGGAUGUUUGUCGAUUGAUACACAGAAUGGGGUUAAAGAUUAUUUCAACUGUUCCUGUUUAACAAGCACCACAAUGACUAACUACACCUCCGAUUAUAGUAUGACCCCGGGAUUGUGCUCUGGCAGAUGUGCCUGGGUUUGGGUUUUCUGUGUGCUGUUCCUAGUAGUGAUGAUCCUUACAUUUGCGACAAUGUCUCCAGGUGUAACAGCACUAUUUAGAUGUGUGCCAGAUAAGCAGCGUUCAGUUGGUAUUGGUGUGAAUCUUCUGUUUGUUAGACUUGUUGGAACAACCCCGGGUCCUAUCCUGCUUGGCGCCAUCAUAGACAGCACGUGCACGAUAUGGCAAGAUACAUGUGGCACACAAGGCUCGUGCUGGGUUUAUGAUAAAAGCACGAUGGGUAUUCGGAUAAUGCUGUGGUUUAUGGUCCUCAAGAUGUGUGGAUUUCUCCUUUUCCUGAUAGCGUCAAUAGUUUAUAAGCCUCCGCCCAAGGAGAGUACCGAUCAGACUGUAAAAGUGUCUCACGUUUCAAAUAUCUCUAACGAACAAGCCACCUUUACAAAAUUGUGAGGAAAACAAUGACAAUCUUUAUUCAAUAAAAAUGUAUAUAGACAUAAUACAUUCAAGUAUGUAAAAUCAUUUUUCGUUCAGAAUUAUUACAUCAUGGCGUUAGACGGCAUAGCAGCGCGCUGGAUAAGAAAUCAGCAGAAAUCAGGCACAUAUUUGAUUGAUAUCGUCAAGGACGUACAUAAUUGUCCUCCUUGAUAGAGGGAUAACGUUAGUGAGCGUGAUCGCAAAAGUGUUCACAUCCAUAUUAAAUACUAGAAUGUCAAAAUGGUGCUCUAAAUAUAACAUAAUAUCUGAUUCGCAAUUUGGUUUUAAAAAGGGAUAUUCAACAACUGAUGCCAUCUUUAGACUGUUCGGUUUAAUUCAAAAUUCCUUAAGUAAUGGCAAACGUUUGUACGCAACCUUUAUAGAUAUGAAAAAGUGUUUUGACAGUGUCUACCGAAAUGCAUUAUGGUUUAAAAUGUACAAACUAGGAAUUAGUGGGAAAAUGUUACAAAUAGUUAGAUCUAUGUAUGAACAUGUCCGUUGUCGAGUAAGACAUUGUAAUAAAUACUCAGAUUUUAUGGAAACAAUUGUAGGCUUAAAGCAGGGCGAGAUUUGUUCACCGUUACUAUGGUCUAUGUUUAUAGAAGACUUUGAACUAUAUAUUGGGUCUAGACCCGGAAGUGGUUUAAAUUUUGAUGAUGUUACUCUUAUAAUGUUUCUUUACGCAGAUGAUAUGGUUCUUUUCUCAAAUGAUGUUGAUGAUUUACAACAAAGCCUUAAUGACUUGUGUAUAUAUUGUAACCGUUGGAGUUUACAAGUGAAUACGGACAAAACAAAAGUGAUGGUUUUCAGACGUCGUGGAAGAGUUCGUAAUAAUGAAGUGUGGUCAUAUGAUGGUAAAAGACUCGAAAUAGUUGACAGUUUUAAUUAUUUAGGUGUGGUAUUUGACUCUUAUGGUAAUUUUAACUCAAAUAUGCAGAUGCUUGUUGGGAAAUCGUUGAAAGCUAUGAACACUUUAUUCUGUAAUACUAGAGAAUUUAAUUUUACACCUAAGACGAUGUGUAGCCUAUUUGAUUCUUUUGUAACAUCUAUUUUAAAUUAUUCCUCAGAAGUGUGGGGAUAUACUAAAUGUAAAGACAUCGAAAGAAUACAUUUAAAAUUUUGCAAAAAGUUGUUGAAUGUAAAAAUCUCUACAAGUAAUGUUGGAAUUUAUGGGGAACUAGGUCGCUUUCCAUUGUAUAUAAAUAGCUUUGUUCGUAUAGUUAAAUAUUGGUUUACAAAAUGUGUAUUUUAUGUUAAAAAAUGAUCUGCUUAGUGGCAAGAUAAACUGGUUAUCUAAUGUUAAAGAUAUGCUUACUACAAACGGUUUUGGUUAUGUAUGGGAUUAUCCAUAUAAUGUUACCGUAAAUGUAUUUAUUUCUGACUUUAAACAGCGUCUUGUUGAUAGUUUUAUACAGAACUGGAAACAUGGGGUGAAUGAAAAUAGUGUUCUAUUUGUGUAUAAAUAUGUUAAAGAAAAUUUUGGUUAUGAGGAAUACUUAAGUGUUGUGCAAAAUCGACUAUAUAGACAAUUAUUAACAAAGUUUAGGCUUUGUGCUCAUAGACUUCGUAUUGAGACAGGUAGAUAUGGUCGGUAUAGAAUUGACAGAUCUGAAAGAACUUGUGAAGUAUGUGGAAGUAAUGACAUAGAAGACGAAUAUCAUUUUAUAAUUGUGUGUCCGAAAUAUAAAACAAUCAGAAAGCGUUAUAUUGCUAAAUAUUAUUUUCAGCACCAUAGUAUGCAAAAAAUUAUACAUCUGAUCUCAUCAAUUAACGCAAAAGUGGUAAAUAAACUCGCAUGUUAUAUACAUUGUGCCUUGAAAAUUAGAGACAAUUUCUUAAAUGAUAGAACAUGAAAUAGUUAUUAAUGCUUUGAAGCUUUGUAAUUUAUGAACUGUUACUCUCGUUUUGAAUGUUUAUUUUUUGAAUGUGUGGAUACUUAUUUGUUGUAUAGUUUGACCUUAUAUAUUUGAUAUAUUGUAUGUUUAGAUGAGGAGCUUUCAGCUCAAGUCUUGAAUAAAAUCUUCUUCUUCUU